ACACAGUGUGGGUUUGCAUUGGCAGGCAUCAAUCAUACCGAGAGGUCAAGGUUUCUCUUGCAAAGCCAAAGAGCACCGAACUGUUACGAGCAGGAUCUUCAACACCGUGGCAAUUUACCAGACAGAGGAUGUCCAGUGAUCUGCCGCUGAAUAUUGACAUUAAAGAGCCAAAGUGGGAUCAGGGCACCUUUAUGGGGCGAGCCAAACACUUCUUCACUGUGACAGACCCCCGAAAUGUCUUUUUAUCCAGCGAGGCCCUGGAGGAUUCCAGGAGGAUUGUGGAGAAUUACAGGGUGGGAAUAUUGAGCCCAGGGCUAACGGAGGAUGAGCUCUGGAGAGCGAAAUACGUUUACGACUCUGCUUUUCACCCCGACACUGGGGAGAAGAUGAUUCUCGUAGGUCGGAUGUCUGCUCAGGUACCAAUGAACAUGACAAUCACUGGCUGCAUGCUCAGCUUUUACAGGUCGACUCCAGCGGUGGUGUUCUGGCAGUGGGUGAACCAGUCCUUCAAUGCCGUCGUCAACUACACCAAUCGCAGUGGAGACGCACCGAUGACUGUCAACCAGCUGGGUGUGGCGUAUGCAAGUGCCACCACUGGGGCAGUGGUUACUGCGUUGGGACUCAAAUCGCUUAACAAGCAUUUGCCAGCAAUAAUGGGACGAUUCGUCCCAUUUGCAGCAGUGGCUGCUGCAAACUGCAUCAAUAUUCCUUUUAUGAGACAGAGAGAGCUAAAGUAUGGGAUCCCGGUGACUGACGAGGAUGGCAAGCGACUGGGUGAAUCGACCAGUGCAGCCCAACAGGCCAUUGUUCAGGUGAUCGUCUCCCGGAUUGGCAUGGCAGUGCCUGCUAUGGCGAUCCCUCCUGUAAUCAUGAAUGCACUGGAGAAGAGAGCUUUCCUAAAGCGCUAUCCGGUUUUCAAUGCUCCCAUUCAAGUGGGCCUGGUUGGGUUCUGCUUGGUUUUUGCCACUCCUCUCUGCUGUGCCCUUUUCCCACAAAAGAGCUCCAUGAAGGUUAGCAGCCUGGAAGCAGAGCUGCAGGCCCAGAUCCAUGAGAGAAGCCCUCACACAGCAGUGGUGUACUUCAACAAGGGCCUGUAGAGCCCAGAACAGGGAUCCACACUCGCCCACAUAGGGCUACAAUAGACCUUUUUAUAUUAUUAUUAUUAUUAUUAUUAUUAUUAUUAGUAGUAGUAAUAGUAUUAUUAUUAUUUACAGAAUAUUUUUUAACCAGGAGAACCUCAGUGAGAUGAAUAUUAUACACCUCUUUUCCACACGCAUCCUGGGAGACACACACUGCCAGAGCAGGCCAACGUUCAAAUCGGAACACAUUGAACCCUUUCAGUCCUGAAUUACUUUUGUCGAGCUGCUGAACAAUGCAAGAUGAUAUACAAUUCAAAUUAUUAUAUCAUUCAAAAAGGACCUCCUUUAUUGAGUAUGCAUGAGAAUGGGACAGAAAUGGGUGUUUAAAGUCCCGUCAGUACUUUAAGAACUCUAAACGGCACUGAAAGGGUUAAGGUGACGUUGUGCGCUCCAGUAAGAGUCAAUGCGUGCAGUAAUGAAAGUAUCCUUGUGACUCGGACGGCUGAGCCUCUUGUCUGUUUCAGUGUGUGUCCUUGGGGUUUAUAUGUGACCUGAGAGAAAUAGCUACCAGUAAGACUUGCUUUGUGUGUUCUAGAUUAAUGUCCUAAAGAAUUAGGAGCUUCACCAAACACAUGGUUAUAUUUUGAAACCAAAACCUUGCCUUUAAGAGUUAAGAAACUGCAGCCCACACCCUGUCCGCAGCCUCCAGUAGCUCUCUCUGUUCCAAUCCUCCACCACACACAGAUUGCGAAGUCUCUUCCUGGCACAGGGCAGCACAGAGGGAAAGAAGUUAUCAUUUUUUCAUUAACAACCACCGGGGUGGAAUUGGUGUCUGGUAAAAACAAGAAAAAGGUUUAAUGCCACGGCCUGACCGAAUCAAAAAAAAAAAGAAAAAAAAGAAAUGCAAUAUCUUUAACACUGCCCAUAAUAAAAUAAAAAAAAAUACAAAUAAAGCAGCAACAGAGAUGAGUUUGUGUGGCUGGAGCAUUUGAGAAGGAAGCCCUGUACACACGUGUUAGGGGGAGCUCAGGGGGCAGGGUGGUGCGCUGUUUGAAGUUGCAGUAGUAAAACCAGAGCGUUUCUGUGCUCUGGUCUGUAUUGCUUUCCUGUUGAGAUUUCAUUAGCAGCGCAGAAGCAGAAACAAGCAGCACAUGCUUUAGAAUCGUACUGUAAUGAAAUGCACACGGGACUGCGCUCGCUGGAAAACGCUGGCAUGGGCUUUUUUUUUUUUUUGUACACCGAUGCACUUUUAGUAUUACACUUCUGCCCAUAUUGUUUCCAGGCAGUGGCCUUUUAGGUCAUAUGUUUUCUACCUUUUGCACUGCAGGCCAGUGCUGUAAAGCACUGACAGUUAUAAUGAAGUAAGACUAUGCAAUCCAGUCAAAGAUAAUGGCUUGUACUACUUAGUGCUGUUCCAGACUCGCUCAGGUGGGGUUACACUUGGUGAAACUCAUUUUCCUAGAAUAAAGGUGUAGAGCAUCAUUACAAAUAAUUAAUUGUGUGUGUGUAUGUAUUUGAGCAAUUGACGUUGGUAAAACCCACUAAUCACCUGAAGCUAUUUAUUAAAAAUAAUUUUAAAAUGGAGCAGGAUACUUCAAGCACUAUUCUCAAACAAGAAAGCUGUGUUUUGUACUGGUGUCUUUUGAAGAUAUUUUCCACUGUGGGAUUUUAAUUUGUGAAUAUGACAAAAAAAAAGCAACAUAUUUCUUGAGUUUUACAAAACCCUGGUAUAUGGCAUGUCACCUCUCUUGGGAAUAGUGCCCGUUAUUUAAGUUGCUAUGGACAAUCUAGAGCACUACACCAUGUAUAAAUGUGCCACUGCUGCAUCCUGUUCCACCUUUCCAUUGGACCGGGACGAAGGAGAGGCCCAUUUACAGGACCCCACAGUCUCCUGAACAGAUCAAUACCAGGUUCUACUUGUACAACAAAGACAAUGUAUUCAACCCGAGACAGGCAAGGGCUGCAUGGCUUUGUUCGUUGUCAAUUUCAUGUUUUUUUUUUUAUUUUAAGGUACAUUUUAAAAUAGUUUGUGUGAUCUCUAUGGAGUUCAGAUGAAACACACUCCACUAUCCAUUUAGCUCUGGUUUCAUGUUGGUGCUAGCUCUUAUGUUUUCCUGUACCAUGUAUAUGGGUAAUAUAACUUGCAGUCAUGUAGAUGUGGAC